CUUGCAGAAGUCAGAGGGUGACAGCAACUCGAUACCUAGCAUUUAUUCUUACAGCGUUGAUGUGCUCACCAUGCUCACUCUCGCCGUGCUUCGAAACCAGUUUACCUUUCCUCGAGUUAACAAACAAGCCUCGGAAGACUACAAUUCCCAGGAAGCCUCACUGCAGACCACGUCAAGGUGCCGUAGCGGUUAGUCAUCCUUCCUGAUACUUCCUUCCACUUCCUGGAGUCGGAACCCGAGGCUUCGCGGGGGCGCGCACUUUACGGACUUACCUAGCCGACCAGGCACCGGGGCGCGCGACCCCUGACGAGGAGUGUCGUCGUCACGUGACACAGGGGCGUACUUUUCUUGCCAAGCGCGCUCCGGUGCGCGUUCCCAGGGGGCGGCUGUCGGGCAUACGGGCUAGCUGGGUCCUCAGAUCGGGGCCCGGACUAGCCGGUGGUUGCCGGGGCCACGAGGCCAGAGAACCAGGAGGGCGGGGUCGGCUGUGGCACCGCGGCGACGACACACGGAGCGAGGGCCUGGGCCUGAAGGGAACGAUGCUGUGGUUCCAGGGCGCCAUCCCGGCGGCCAUCGCGUCUGCUAAGAGGAGCGGCGCGGUCUUCGUGGUGUUCGUGGCAGGGGAUGAUGAGCAAUCUAUACAAAUGGCUGCAAGUUGGGAAGAUGAAAAAGUGACAGAAGCAUCAUCAAACAACUUUGUUGCUAUUAAAAUUGAUACUAAAAGUGAAGCCUGUCUGCAGUUUUCACAAAUUUAUCCUGUAGUAUGUGUUCCAUCCAGUUUCUUUAUAGGAGACAGUGGAAUCCCUUUGGAAGUAAUAGCAGGGAGUGUUUCUGCAGAUGAACUUGUUACAAGAAUUCAUAAAGUCCAACAGAUGCACUCGUCAAAAGGUGAAACAUCAGUGACAAAUGACAACCAGUCAGAAAGUUCAGUAUCUACCCCAUCUGCCUCAUUCGAACCUGAUGUAUGUGAAAGUCCCGAGUCCAAAAAUACAGAGCUUUGUGAGACACCAGCUACCUCUGACACAAAGUCAGAUACUGCAACAGGAGGAGAAUGCACAGGUCAUGACAGCCACUCUCAGGAGCCUCAUGGAUGUUCAAACCAGAGACCAGCCGAGGACCUCACCGUCAGAGUAGAAAGCAGACUAACAAAAAAACUUGAAGAAAGGAGAGAAGAGAAGAGGAAGGAAGAAGCGCAGAGAGAGAUUAAGAAGGAAAUUGAAAGGAGAAAAACUGGAAAGGAAAUGUUGGAUUAUAAAAGAAAACAAGAAGAAGAAUUAACAAAAAGAAUGUUAGAAGAAAGAAGCAGAGAGAAGGCAGAAGAUAGAGCGGCUCGAGAGCGCAUCAAGCAGCAGAUUGCCCUGGAUCGUGCAGAAAGAGCUGCUCGUUUUGCAAAGACAAAGGAAGCAGAGGCUGCCAAAGCUGCUGCCUUGCUGACCAAGCAGGCAGGAACGGAAGUCAAGAGAGAGUCUACAACGCGAGACAGAAGCACCAUUGCAAGAAUUCAGUUCCGGCUGCCUGAUGGUUCUUCCUUUACAAACCAGUUUCCUUCUGAUGCUCCUCUAGAAGAAGCGAGGCAGUUUGCUGCACAGACUGUGGGCAACACCUAUGGUAAUUUUUCACUAGCCACCAUGUUUCCCAGAAGAGAAUUCACCAGAGAAGACUAUAAGAGGAAGCUGCUGGAUCUGGAGCUCGCCCCCAGCGCCUCUGUGGUGCUGCUGCCAGCAGGCCGGCCGGCCACAUCCAUUGUCCACGCUUCUAGCGGAGACAUUUGGACAUUACUGGGGACGGUGCUUUACCCAUUCCUGGCCAUAUGGAGAUUAAUUAGCAAUUUUUUAUUUAGCAAUCCUCCUCCUGCACAGACUUCAGCAAGAGCCACAUCCACAGAGCCUUCAAACUCUGCAUCAUCCAGCAAGUCAGAGAAAAGGGAACCAGUCCGAAAAAGAGUGCUGGAAAAACGAGGGGAAGACUUUAAAAAAGAAGGGAAAAUAUACAGACUGAGGACUCAAGAUGACGGUGAAGACGAGAACAACACUUGGAAUGGAAACUCCACGCAGCAGAUGUAGGGUAGCGAGCAGUGCAGAUUCUCACUGUUUCCUUAGGACUCCACUCAGCGAGACUGCUGCUGGAGAAGUGGGUCAGCUUUAUGUUUUCAGACCGUGUAUAGUCUUUAUUUCUGCUAAGAGGUUUUGAGUUAAGUUGUUUAACCUGAAAAAGUCAAACAUGAAAUAGCUGGAUGCUAGGUCCUUGUGUAGGGUAACCAGCUGUUAAGUCUAGAAGAAUCCCAAGGCCACCCUGCCACCACCGCUCCUACUCAGACUCCACAGCCCCUAGCCCAGUGUUUCAUUUAGGAUACUUUUUGCUGCAAGAUUCUCAAGCCACACACAGUAACUGGUAUGUCACUGAGUAGUCUGAGCCCUGAGCACCUCAGCGCGCUAAUCAGGUGAUAACUGAUGUUUAGCGUUUCUCUUUGCACUCAUCAGCCUCAAAAACAACAACAAAAAAAUCUUGUAGUUUUUGAUCUUACUUAAAUAUCAAAUAAAAAAGGUUUUCAAAAAACCAGAAUGAUCUUAUUUUUGCUGUGAGCAUCUUUGUUGUACAGGGCUGUAUCCAGGUCACUUUUGUCUGACUUUUUCCUCCCAGUGCGGCCCUGAAGAUGUCAGCAAAAUAACUGAGUACCUUUAUUUAGAAAAAUAAAAUGUAGAAACUCUGUGUCCUAGGUUACUGAUGCAUCUGUUUUGUAACCUGUUCUCAUCGAUGCCAGGCAGAUGAGAAUGGCCAGUCUGCGGCUUAGAUUGUUCACUAAUAUUCCUACUGAAAUCUCACAUGCAGCAGUCACACUUGCCAGGCCAAAGCCCAGCACUGUAACACUAGGGUAGAGAGAAGGCACUUCAUCCCCAUUAUUCCUGAAAGUUGGGGCGUCUGAAACGUGGGUUAUGUUUUGCUGUUCUUCUGUUUUUAGAAUGGAAAGUCAACCUGACCCUGUGUCAGAGAACAGGAGGAAGAACUCCUCUCCCUGUGGAGUAACACGCACACGCGUGUCGCGUGUGAGCUGUGGUGCUGGUGGGAAGCAGGGGGCAGCUAAAGUGCUGGGGCAACAGAACCUUCCUGAAAACAAGCCUAGGAACUUUAAAUAUGUCAUAUUUUCACACAAUAGCUUUUUGUAAGUAAUGAUCCUCAUUCCAGAAGUUUAGCUAUGAAUAGUCCUAAUAUUAGUUAACUUAAAACUGAAAACAACAAAAUGCCUUCUGUAGACGUAAUUACUGUUGAGAAAUGGAACAUGCUAAUCCAGCACUUGCCAUGUUUAUUGAAUGUCUGCGAUGUUGGUGGAAAGAAGGCAGGAAGCAUAGCUGUAGGCACAGGAUGAAUUGAGCUUUGUAAAUUGUGUGUGUAGAGGGUAACGGGCUAAUAUAUAUGUAAAGAGAAGAACACAUUAAUGAUGUAUGUCCUUGGAGUUCUCUUGCAGUCUUCUUCUGCAUUGAUCACAUUUGUUAAAACUUUUUAAAGAAGUUGUUUGCCAGGCAUGGUGGCUCACACGUAAAAUCCCAGCGCUUGGGAAUCAGGUGCAGGAGUUUAAGGGCCAGGCUGGUCUACAUAGCAAGUUCAGGCCAGACAGGACUACAAGGUCAACAACAAAAAUGCAAGUUUUUAAAACUUUGUAGGAACCAUCUCAUCUAAUAUCCAGUCAUCUGAAAACACAGCAAGCUGGGCGUGGCAUCUUGUUCCUGAACAGUACUUGGGAGAUGGGGCAGGGGUCUCAAAGCUCAAGGUUAUCCUCAGGUCCAGGCUCAAGUCCAGCCUAGGCAGAGUGAGAUCUGUCUCUGCAAUAACGAGGCAAUAUAUGAGUUUAAAAAAAAAAAAACUUGUUAAUGGUAUGAAUCCUGGAGAAACAUUAAGUACCUCAAGUCAAUUUGUCUUGAAGAAAAUCAAAUACAAGUCUUAAAAUGUCCAUAGUUCAUGUGUGAGUAACAGGAUCACUCUUCAAUGUUAUCUCUUUAAAAAGUACACAUGGAGCUGGGCGUGGUAGCCAGGUCUGGUGGGAUCAAAGGCGUGCGCAUUUCUGAGUUUGAGGCCAGCCUGGUCUACAAAGUGAGUUCCAGGACAGCCAGGGCUACACAGAGAAACCCUGUCUCCAAAAAACCAAAAGAAAAAAAAAAAGUACACAUGGUUGAAAAAAACCUCAGAAUGUAAGAAAAGGGUGUCUCUGUCCCAGCGUCUACCCUACUGCCACUACCCAGAGGUAACCUCUAGUCAUAAUUUCUAAUGUCAUUUUUAGAAAAAUUUUAUGCAUAUAAUCAAAUAUGUAAUCUUUAUUUUUAAAUAAAUGGGAUCAUAUUGUAU